AGCUGCAUCAGUUCUUGUGCGCAAAGAACAAAAAACAUUGUGUUCGUGAAUGGGAGCUGGUGUGUGCAAUGAGAAACCAGGCAGACUACACUCGCUGGUGUGGCUGAGCACCAAUCCUCUCUCACUCUGUCUACCUCUCCCUCUCUCUUUCUUUCUGUCUAUGCUAGCUAGGACUUGAGCCUGUGUAUGAUUUAGGAGGAGGGUUCAGGGAUUUGCAGCUUUAUGUUUUUGGAAGUAUGCAUCUGGAGAGGAUUUGAACGUGCUGUUAUUUGUGAUUGAACACAGUGUGCGACGUGGAGGCUCCUCGUGUUGCUGCUUUCAGGGCUGCUCCCCUCCCUGCUGCCUCUGGCUGUGUUUGGGCGAUGGUCCUGACUGAGAAGCAGAGCAUCACCCAGAUGCCGGGCUCUGACUGUAUGGGAGGAUAAGCCGGUAUACAGCAGCAUGGGAGCUAAACAGAUGAAAUGUCUCAGCUCAGCCAGCCCUGCUCACUCCCCCAAAGAGGAGUAUGUUAUCACCCAUGCCACUGACACCCCCAAAGAGGAAACACUCCACAGUCAGUCAGAGGACCAGGGGGAACCUCAGGAUGACAAAUUUGAGGUGACAGAGAAGAAGUCUGUCGCAGAGGAGGUGUCUCUGUGUGGACUCUGUCCCUCCCUUGGGCAGGAUGGGCAGGAAGAGGAGAAGUCCUGGGAGGAGCAGCUGGAGGCCCACCAGGAGCAGCUGGAGAAAGAGAUGCAGGAGGCCAGGAGGAUGGUGUUCCGCCUACAGGCUUUGCUGCUCCAUGGCUCCCUCCCUGAGGAGGACCAGGAUGGAUCUGUGAGCUUCGGAGAUAACCGUGCGAAUGCGGAACAGCAGCUGGUCCUAAUCCGCAGUCGUCUGGACCAAAGCGUGGAGGAAGGCCUUGAUCUCAAGAGAGAACUCCUCAGACACAAACAGGAGGCACGCCACCUUCAGGCCAUCAAGGAUGCUCUGCAGCAGCGGCUGGCGGUGCAGGACGAUGCUGUGCUGCAGCUAAAGCAGGAACUACUGAGGAGCAACAUGGCCAAAGAUCAGCUGGAAGGGGAAAAUGCAGAGCUGAAACACAAGCUGAGCGAAAGGAACAAAUUCCUCAGUGAAUAUGAGCAGCAACUUGGGAGGAAAGACAGAAUACUGCAGCAGCAGCAGCAGAAGCUUGAUGAGGCUCAACAUAAAGCGCAUGAAGUCGGCAGAGGACGGUCAUUUAGGAGUGAAAGUGGUGGUUACAGUAACUCAGUGGCUUCAACUUCACCUGCAGCAUUCCAACAUAGUGCACCAGGGGAGGAGCUGCAGCUGGUCAGGGAGGCUCUGCGUAGUUUGAGGGACAACUUUUCUGGCCAUGAUCCCCAACAUCACACACUGGACACACUGGAGCAGGGCGUGGCCAGUCUCAUGGACCGUUUACACUCUGUGGACGCCCAGCGUAGACAUGAUAGAGGGGAGGAAUUGAAAUCUCCAGGACGCAGAGCAAACUCCACAGACCGUGAAUCCUGGCCUCCGAGCUCAAAAAUGGCCCACUCGCACAGCAGCCCAGGGUUGGACACGGCCGUCUCCACUAAAGUGCUCUACUUCACAGAUCGCUCGCUCACACCGUUUCUGAUCAACAUCCCAAAAAGGCUGGGUGAGGUGACACUGCGAGACUUCAAGGCUGCUGUGGACAGACAAGGCAGUUUCAGAUACCACUUCAAGGCCCUCGACCCAGAGUUUGGCACUGUGAAGGAGGAGGUCUUCCAGGACGGCGCAGUCGUGCCUGGCUGGGAGGGAAAGAUUGUAGCAUGGGUGGAGGAGGACCACGGAGAGAGGAGGUAGAGCUGAAAACCAGAGAUCACCACUACAAACCUCAGUAGUUCUCACUGGACCAGGAUUCCACUGAAAAUACUUGUGAUGCCAUAAAAAGAGUAAAGUUAUACACUACACUGGGACCAAUAGAUGGAACACCAUUUCUAUACAACAAAAAAGUUUAAAAAAUGAAUGUUUCAAAUGAAGAAUUUGACUAGAAAGGGGGGGGGGGUCAUACUUUUAUUUAUUUAAGGAAUGGAUAUUAGACAUUGUUUGCAGCACAUAAAUUAAUAAAUGGGACUACCCAUUAAUGGUCAGUAUUAUGAUACUGGUUUGAAAAAAGAACCAUAAUACGAUUUACAGAAACAAUAAGAACAAAUAUAUGCUGCUCACUAAAAAGCUGUAACCAAUGCAUAAUAUACAAACCUUAACACAAAGGUGUUUGCUGACAUUUGCCACAUGUUCCAGAUUGCCAAAUAGUGAUGUUGUUGUUCUGUAUCAAUUUUGAUGUUUUAAUAAACAUGAAUUAUUGCAUG